AUGGAAGAUCGUUUAUCAGAACUCCAGGCGGCUGGAGGAGUCAAAUUAAAUGAUAAGAAAAAGAAAAAAGGAAAAGGAAAAGGAAAGGUAGUAGAUGAGGAAUCACAGACCACCUCUGACAAUGGAAACAUUGAGAUGGAAGAGACUGGAUACAUUGAAAACGAAGAAGGCGAGGGAAUGGAAGAAUUUAUGCCAGAAUUUUAUCAAGAGGUUGGUAUAGUUAAAACGACAAUGACUUCCAUUCGAAGAAGCAUAAAGAGUAUAGAAGAGAAAUACGUACAAUCUCUAAAUUCUAUAAAUGUUGAUCAAGGAACGAGUAUACAAAAGACAUUACUGUAUGAUAUUAACAAUAAUCAUUAUAAUCAUUAUGACAUUUCAAUAGAAUACGAAGAAGAUAUUCAAUCAAUGAUUGAUGCAACCAAUAGAUCAUUUAGCGAUUUGAAGAAAAAAUUGGAUUCCAUGAAAGAGGGAAAUGAUAGAUAUGCCAGUGUAAAGACUGCCACCCCUACAGAAGUUCGUAUUCGAUCAAACAUGCACAACACGCUUACCCAAAAGUUUGUAGAAAUGAUGCGUGAAUAUCAAGAGAUUCAAAAUAACUAUAAAAACAAAUACAAGGAAAAGAUUGAAAGACAAUAUAGAAUUGUCAAACCAGAUGCAUCAGAAGAUGAAAUUAGAGCAGCUAUGGAUUCUGGAGAUUCUAGUAAAAUCUUUGCCGAUACAAUUCUUUAUACACAUUUGCAUACACAGGCAAAGAAUGCGUUGGCGUAUAUUCAAGAUCGACACAAUGAUAUCCAAAGAUUGGAAAGAUCGAUUGCAGAGUUGCAUCAACUCUUUUUGGAUAUGGCCGUUCUUGUAGAGGUACAAGGUGAAAUUUUAAAUCAAAUCGAGGCCAACGUUGAAUCGACCGUUCUCAACACCAAAGAGGGUGUCGAGAAUCUCGCCGAGGCAAAUAGACUACACAAAAAGGGAAGAAAGAAAAUGUACAUUCUAUUGUGUAUCGUUGUAAUUGUAUUAGCUGCCGUUUUGGCUCCAGUAUUGGCCACUCAAAUCCCAAAGAAAUCAAAUAAUUAA